AUGAUACUGGGAGGGCUCAUCGACAGCCUGACCGGCGCGAACAAGAGCGCGCGGCUCAAGGGCACGGUGGUGCUGAUGAGGAAGAACGUGCUGGACCUCACCGACUUGGGCGCCACCAUCAUGGACGGCAUCGGCGACUUCCUCGGCAAGGGCGUCACCUGCCAGCUUAUCAGCUCCACCCUCGUCGACCACGGUAAGCACUCCGCCCUUCUCAUCUUGCUCCUCCUCCUCCUCCUCCUCCUCCUCUCCUUAAUGGAUGGAUGGAUGUAUCUCGAUCGGCUAAAGAAAGAUAGCCUAGCUUGGUCGGUCGUCUUUAGCUUUAGCUGA